AUGAAUACGCAUUUCUCAAAUACUGAAGGAGCAACACCGGCUUUUGAACAAGAUCUGGCAAUAAACACCGUUGACACAUACAAUUCAUUGAGUUCCUCGCAUACCCAGGCCUUAUCUGGCGAGCUUGAGGAAAGUCAACAAUGCUCUCCUUCGAAUGCCGCCUACCUAGAUGAAAACGAAAUGCUUGCGUCGAACUCAUCGAGUGAAAUUCAGCAAGAAAAUGAUGCGGACUUAGCAGCUCCGCGAAGUUCUGAAGCUCAUGCUGACAGACGCCGACAACGUCUAGCGGCGCAUGCCAAACGAGCAGCAUCUGAAAGAGCCAGUGAGACUGAUCACGAGCGUAGGUUACGACUUGCAGCUCUAGCUAAGAGGGCUAAGCUCAAAAGAUCAGUUGAAUCUGAAGAGGAGAAGUCAGUCCGUCUCGCGAAAGAUGCGGAAAGGGCGAGAGCAAGACGAUCGGCUGUGCUAAAAGAACGAACUAGAAUUACCAAGAGCGAUAAGAUCGAGCAGAAUUCCCAAGAAAGUUCGGUACAGCACGACCGUGGAGAAGGCUAUAUACAUAGUCAAUUUCCAAGCACAUCUCGUGCUUAUGGAUCGGAAGCUUUGGACAGCCAACAAUUACCACUCUCGCACUACUUCGAAGCCACCACUGCGGUUGCUUCGAUUGAUACUCAACUAAUGUCUGGCCCAAACGGGCAGGAUAGAGGAAAUUCAAACGAACCUCGCAUAUCCGAGGUUCUGAUUUCCGGUACACAAGAAUACCAUGGGGAAUCAGGACAACUCACCGCCACAGACUUACUCAGCACUACUGAGCAGUCAGUAGCCAGAAUGAUUCAAGAUCCGCUCGAAUCUGAUCAAACGCUAAAUAACCAUGAAGUUCUCUCGCAUCACAACGAGAACGAGGAGUUGAGAGAAGAAGCGGUUACUCAGGUAUGCCACCUCAGGAGCGACUACCUCUAUAUCCGUUUGAGGGUUGCUCCGCUACCAGAUGAAGUGGUAGCUUUACUCGAAGAGUCGGCAGAGAUUCUGAAGUUUAUAAAAGGAGACCAUGUAGAUGACACGACUUUGACAGAAUUCAAGGCAAAGCUGUUGGCUGUUUGCGAAGAGAAUUUGCCCUCUUAUCGAGGACCUUGGUGGUACAGAAAGCGCAAAGAAGACAAUGCCGAACUUGUUAAAAGGGCAGAGCCAAAGCUAACACUCUCCUCAAUGGAUUUCCUAACUAUCAUAAAAAGCCUAUAUGGUACAGCAGUGAGUGACUUGCUAAUCAUUUUCUACUCUCCUCAAGCUUUUCAGAAUCCGAGCAAAUUUACACCACGUAUCUGCUAG